GUGUUCUGGGAAAAGGUAUUCUGAGCCGUUCAGCUCCCACCGCAGAGUGCCCAGAACCCUUGUGCCAUGGUUUUUGAAAGCUCUGAGUUUUGCGUCUCUGGAUAAGGAGGACUUAUUGAGUCCAAUCAAUCACUCCACCCUGCAGCGCUCCUCUUCCCUGCGCUCCAUGGUCUCUAGCGCCACCUUCGGCUGCAGUGAGGACUACAUCGGCCUGGCACUGCCCCUGGACAUCAACCACAUGUUUCAGAUUAAAGAAACAUCAUAUUUCCAGAAGAGAACAAGCCCCCCUGCUGGAGAAAAAUCAUCCAAGUUUCUUUUUGGAGAAUCUGAUGAUUUUUAA